AUGGCUAUCGAACUCGCAGAGUAUCUUCUUCGGAGGGUCAGGGAAUGCGGAGUACGAUCCAUACAUGGUGUGCCAGGAGACUUUAACCUUGUGUCGCUCGACCAAGUAGAAAGGUGUGGUCUCCAAUGGGUUGGGAAUUGCAAUGAACUGAACGCCAGUUUUGCUGCCGAUGGCUAUGCUCGCGUCAGCGGAAUCUCGGCCUUGAUGACGGUCAUAGGGGUCGGUGAACUACCAGCGCUCAGCGGGAUUGCCGGUGCCUAUGCCGAACAUGUGCCAGUCAUUCAUAUUGUUGGACAGCCUAGUCGCCGUGUUCAAGCAGACCGUCUAUGUGUUCACCAUACCUUGGGAAAUGGAGACUUCUCUGUGUUUGCCAAGAUGACGGCAGUGGUUUCAGUGGUGGCUGUAACCUUAGAUGAUCCACACACCGCUCCUGAUCUAAUUGACAAAGCCAUCCACCAGUGUUGGCUUCAAAGCCGACCGGUGGUGCUAUUUCUUCCAUCUGAUACUGUCCAAUCUCCGGUUGACGGCCAGAAGUUGUCCUCUAGGCUUAAUUUGUCCUUCCAGAAUGACCAAGACGAGGAGACAAGGCUUGUCGACAAGAUUCUUCACGAUAUCCAACACUCGAAGAAUCCGGUCUUACUUGUUGGAGGCCAUGGAACUCGCCACGAUGUUUUUGAGGAUGUACUUGAAUUAAUUCAACUUUUACAAUUACCUACAUUCAUUGCACCUACUGGCCAAGGAAUUAUCAAUGAAGAGACGCCGUUCUACAAAGGACUAUAUGUUGGAGAAUACUCCGCUCCUUGCAUAUCCCGGAUCGUGGAAUCGUCGGAUCUGAUAAUUUCAAUCGGUCAUAUUCAAUCUGACCUCAGCACGGCAGGAUUCAGCGGCAAGAUUGAGUCGGAACGAAUGAUCAGUCUCCAGAGAACAAAUACUACUUUACGAGGCAGUCCCUAUAAUCUCUUUCUCAAGGGCGUGCUACGAAGAUUGAUUACACAAUGGACAGUUUCAUCUACGUUUGCACAUGUUGAUCAGGAAUGUUCACUAGAGAAGAGGGACAAAGACACAUGUUCUCCAAGGAUGCUUUGCUCGCUGCUGAAGAUACGUCAGACCUUCCUACAAAAACUCACUAGUCUCCCUAUCCUUAGCCUCCGUAAAAGACAAGUGGUUAAACAUGCAUGGCUAUGGCCUACUCUUGGGAGCUGGCUUAGACAUGGAGAUAUCGUUCUAGCAGAGACGGGAACCUCCAGCUUUGGGAUCUGGGAGACAUCUUUUCCCACGAACGCUAUCUUGAUCAGUCAGUAUUUGUGGGGAAGUAUUGGUUACACCGUGGGUGCAUGCCAGGGAGCAGCGCAAGCUGCACGAGAUUGUUUUGGGAACCAGAAACGAACUAUUCUUUUCAUCGGAGACGGCAGUCUCCAGUUCGGUUGUCAAGAGCUGAGUACCAUUUUGCGGCUGGGACUUACUCCAAUAGUAUUUGUGAUUUGCAAUAACGGCUAUACAACUGAGCGGCUUAUCCAUGGUUGGCAGGAAAAGUACAAUGACAUUCAAAAUUGGCAAUAUCGACAACUACCGGCUGCUUUCGGUGCGCCAGCGAGAGCAUACCGUACAUAUGUUAUCCAGACACAGGCCCAGCUACAAAAUCUUCUGUCGAAUCGGAAGUUCAACGACUGCUCGGUAUUCCAGUUGGUGGAACUAUAUAUGCCUCAAGAGGAUGCUCCUGAGACUAUGAAAAAAAUAGCUCAGGGCCUGAAGAAACAAAAUGUCCGAAGCUAG